AUGCAGGUUCUGCGGCGAUGGCGGCCGGGGCAGCUGGUCUUUGCAGCGCUGGGUGCCGCGUGCAUGGCGCUCGCUUCCCUGCAACGGCUCAUUCUGCCCCGCAAGCGGCGCCAAUUCGACCACCUCCGCGACGGCGGCUCGCGGACUGGGCCGGCGGCCAGCCCGAUCUCGGUGGGCUGUUACAACGUGUUGUGCUCGACGUACGCCGCGACGUGGAACGAGCGCGAGGGCGUCGGGCCCGACGGCGCCUCGAACUGGGCGAGCUGGUGGCCCGUCAUGAGGGACAGCAAAUGCAAGGCGCAGUGGGACGUCAUCUGCUUGCAGGAGGUCGAGCACACAGACGCUGCCGACACAGCCAAGGACCUCGGCAGCGGCUACAGUACCAAAUACUUCAAGCACGCCAGGAGACCACCGGACGGCUUGCUCAAUGCAGUGAGAGACGAGGCGUUCAACAACAUCACUUUUAUGGAGACGCAGUUCAAUGGCGUGGCUUUCGGGCGAGUGGACAUGGUUCACAAGGCCACCUGCAGAUCGGUGCGCGUCGUGACCUGCCACGCUCGUGGCGGCGACGCGGAGCAGCUUGCCGCCCUCAACUCGUUCGCCGACGGCGCGGACGAGGACAGCAAGCGCGAGGUGGACUUGACGGUGAUAGCGGGGGGAUUCAACGAGGUCUUCGCGCCGAGGGAGGACGGACACGUGGCCGUGCCCUUCUCCGAGACGAGGGCGGGCAGGUAUCGCACCAUGCUGCGAGAGGCCGACCUGCCCCGCCUGUCGAGGCCACCCCACAAGCAACAGGAGGACCAGAAGUCUGGAAAGGGCAAGGUGGAGCGCCACGCCCCGACCGAGGCCACGGGCAACUGGCCCAGCGACCACGGCGCCGAGGCGCUCCGCGUGCGGCUGCGCCCCGUGGUAGCUGGCAGCCGAGCGGCGGCGCGCCUCUGCGCCGGCAGGUCUCUGGCCUGCGAAGGCAUGCAAGGCGGCGCUCAGUGCGUCGGCAGGCAGGCCGCGAAGGCAGGCGUCGUCGAUUCGGACUAUCACUAA